AUGCAAGGACGCAGCGGAGACACCGUUGACGGAGACACUGGUGAGCCCGUUUACGCUCACUCUCGAAACCGUUUCGGAUGGAGCGGAGAAGAAAACUUAAGAGCGCUUCACAUGUAACGUUGAUAUUCAGACGAUACAUUGUAGACCAAGAACAAGAUCAAGUAGAAUAAGUGGUAUUCACAAACUGGUGUUUGGGUAAGUAAUCGAGUAUCUUUACAACUGACGGGUUCUCGCUAGUCCUUAAUAUUGUUGUAGCACUGUGGUAAUGGUUGUGCCGAGAAUGGUACUUGGGAGAUCUUCUUGAAGAGUAUCUAUGUGCAAUAUGUAUAACAGUCACAGUAUGUUGGACAGCAUUAGCAAUAGGUCAUCUUCUUCUAGUUCUAAUGAAGCAAACAGAUCGAAGACGGCAAAGCCAGACGAAGUUUUCUUGAGGACAAAGUCGUUGGUCGUCGUCUCUCCAAAUCCACUAGUUUUGCAAACUUUGAUAAGGCAGGAAUGGAUGCCGCAGGGGAGCAGGAAGAGAGACAAAUUGGGGCCACUGCAGCUGCAGUCGCUUCGGAAGGACAAGAGGCUAUGAAACGGAUGGAGGUAAUCGCUGUGAAGAAGGCCAUAGCCGUAGAGGCUUCUGGUGCUCAUAUCGAUCGGGAGGCAGCAGCGGAUACUGUGUCCGAUCAAGCAAUUGACAUGCUGCGAGAAGACCAAAAAGUACUAGCGAAUUUCCAGAAGCAAACCGGUAUCAAAGUUUCGCCUCCACCGACUCUAGCUGCCAUGCAGACGGGGAAUACCGCAACUAAUUCUAGUUCCGGUGAGAAAAAUGGAGUUCCGCCUCCAUUUGGGGCCACGGCAACAGCGGAUACUCCCCUGUUGUCGCAUUCUCCUACGAAUCUCCCAGUUAAGGCUUCCCCUAAUCCAUCUCUAUUAUAAGGAUCUCUCAACCGUAUGCCUCCCAAUAGAUACAAGGGAGACAGUGACGCAUAUUCUUGAGGGAUUUCCACAGGGAUGGACUGGGGAGAGGUCUAAUCCAGUUCCGCCAGUCUUGGCCCUUCCGCCAACGUCUCCAGUGCCUUUUUCCGGGUCCGAGGCGAUGGCCCAACCGUACGCGGCGCUCGCGCACGACUAUCCUACUUACCCUCACGGCGGCGAUAUCGCGUGUGGUCUACCCACAAUCGACCCGACCCUGGCCUCCACACCCUGGAACCGGGACGAUGGAUCAAAAGUACUGUUUGAGGGAGAAUCGAACUGGAAAAGCGAAGUCCUGCCUCUGUGGCUAGCUAAUGUGGAUGCAGCUCGGAUGCUUUCUUCUUCAAAAUCCCUUCACAAACUAAAAAGUGCUUCAUCUUCAUCCACUACUAAAAAAAGCAAUAUUAGUAGUACUGCAUCUGGAAAUAGAAGCACUAUUUUGAAAAGAGCUGGAACUGGAGGGGAGACUACUACCACUAGAAAGUCCUUGGUCGAGUUGUUUCUUCGUGGACCCAUGACAAUCUCCGAUGAGCAGGACAUUGCGCAGUUUCUGCCUCGGUUUGAUAACGCACCGCGGUUUGAUAACGCACCGCAAGGUUUGUGGCCACCGCCGGACUACAUUUUAAACUACCUCCUGUCACACCUUGGCAAGUCUAAAGAUUGGUAUGUGGCACUGCAUGACGAUCCGGAUUUUUGGAACGCGUACGCAGAAAAGUACCUGCAGAUAGAGGUGAAGGAAACGGUUAGAAUUGCGUACAUUAAGGCGGGUUUUUUGCACAUUGCAGCAUCCUCCACCGACCAGCAUCCUUGGCCUUUUUUCCUGUAGGAAAGAGGUCAAGGAUGAUCUGAUGGAUUCUGAAGAAUGCAAGAAUGCAUCUUAGUGCAAGAACCUCUAAGUAGGAGUCCCUGAUCGAUCACUUGAGUUCUCCUGAAUGGAGUGGCAACCCUCGCAUGGUUGCGGCGAUGGCAGCCUACGUCUUGUCGGGAGGCGACUUCUCCAAACCGCUGCUACAGCGCAUUGAUCUCACAGGAGAUCGUGACCACGUUGUUGAUGACAAGCACUACGAUGAGGAUGAGAGAAGUCGUGGUAUAGAUGCGGAGAUGACAAGUCGUGACACAGAUACGGGGAGAAGUCGAGGUUCAGCUACAGGCAACAGAGAUAAAGAAGAUGAGCCAUCGAGCAGACCUGUUGUUACUGAAGACAAACAAUCGGGAAGAAAGGCGGACUCCCAUUCGGGUGCUUUGAUGUUAAGGCUCUUCUCAUCUCAUGAACAUGAUGAAAGCAAGAACAACUUCUCAUUUUGAUUACUUAAGUCUUUGUCCUGAUAUAAGUUACUACAGUUAGACUUACUCCCUUACACGUCUGAGAUCUCUUUCCUUCUAAUCGAUGACGACGCUGCUUCUUGGCUGUCUCAAGGAUCGAUCAAGAGGUAUCCGCAGUAUCCGAGUGAAGAAAUUCUGACAUCCUUAGAGCGUCUGGGAAAGAAGCUGCCGAAAUGGUUUACUGCGGAAGGUACUGCAGAAAAUGCGCCAUCUUUCCAAUCUCAGGCACUUGAAGUGGUCUCAACAACAACUACAACACCUCCAUGGUGGCAAGACCAGAAGGCUCGGAAUAAACAUUUUUCAGCAUUCAGUGUUUGCGUGGAGUACUAUGGGCCAGCUGCGAUGACGUCAGCUGGUGGUCCUGCGCUCGAGCGUUAUGUUCACUGGUUUACCAUCUUCGGCGACGACCGAGAUCCGGAGGCAGUCGUCUUUGACGGCCGCAUUGAGGGAGUACGUGCUGCAGAAGCCACUAUGCAGGAAGCCGUUAUGCGUGGUUUUUGAUUCCGGUAAUAAAUGUAAAACAUGAGAAUUACAAGAAUCUUUAGCUGAAUGAAGAUGGAUCAUGAAGAUUCGGAUUUCGAAUUCGAUAUCCAGAGCUCUAAAAGACACAAACAAGGAGAAAAGAAUGAAGAGGCUAGGACUGCCAGGCAAACGCAAAAAAGGGAGGGAGAUGAGCAUGAGUCAGAGUCGGAUUGGGUGUCGGACUCACAGAGUUUCGCGGAAAAGCGCUUAUUGACGGAUCAGUCCGACUCCACAAGGGGCAGUCCAUCACCUACAUUCUCCUACCGCCUUCUACCUCGGAGGCUACUCCCCUGGUUGUUUUCCAUGGCCACGGUGCCGCGAUCGGCUGCUAGAAUGGAGUUUUACGCACAUGCGCUGCCGAAAUUGCGCGUGCGACCUGAGCUCGAUCCGUCAAACAGUCGCGCGUGGUCACCAGAGGAAGCUGAUCAGUUCUUUCGUGAAGCAUGGAGCCACUAUUUCUUAGGCAGAAUGCUGUCAAUGGAGGAUUUGGAAUUUGCAGGUGUUGGGGAAGUAACCAUACGUGAAAUGUGGGAGAUCGCCGUGUAAGUGUAAUGAAGAUUGAAAUUCAAUUUAUAGGCAAGAGUAGUUUCUGGGGGGUUUCUUAUAAUAUAGAUACAAAGAAGAUGACACUACACUCAUUGGAUGUCGGAGCGCGUACUGUUACAUGUGGAUGGGCGGAUGACCAUAUUCUUAUCCAUACAGUGGUUUCAUUUCGCAAGCAGAGAUGAAGCGCACUCGAGAGUAGCACUAUUAUAUAUUUGUUGAAGGGAAAUAUGAGUAUUCAUGACUAUGAGUAUGUAUUCAUGUCAACAGAUCAUGUCUCGAGGGUAUGUACUCGAGGACACGUAGAUAUAGGGAAGACGCAAAGUGUAAGCCUAAGCACUUCCGGAGGUGUGCAGACUAACACAGCACAGACGAGCAAUUUUGGAGCAUGUAUGGUAACGGGAUCUUCAUACGAAUGUAUUGUGAUUUGAUCGGAUGGCCAUGACUUUAUUUCUUCGUAAUGGCAUCGAAGGAUCCGUAGGUGAAAUCAAAAGUUUUUAAGAACACCGCUUGCUUACACUAUAUAAUUAGUACAGCAUAGGCAUAACGAACUGCACUAGAAGAAGGAUAAAGAUUCGUGUUGAACACGAGGAGCACUCUGAAUGAGGAGCAAACGAAUGUGAUAUUUGUACUUUUUAUGCGAUGCGGUCAACGCUUUUCCGCGCUGCUCGCUCGAUAAUUGUGAAAACAAGACUUCGAUCCUCGACUUUCAACUAUUAAACGCUCAGUCAUGCUUGUGCU